GCCAAUGCCAAAUGCCAAAGUCGUCAAACACUUUAAUCGCUAACACGUGUACUUAUGGUGAUUUUAAUAAAAAUCAAAUAAUUUUCCCAAAAAAUCGAAUAUGUCUGCAGAAACCAAUGAUAAAGUUUUAUCGAUCAUAGCAAAUAUUAAACAGUCAAAUGAUACUAAAACAGAUUCUUCGAGUAACGAUAAAUCCAACAAAGAUAAUGAGGAGAAGACCGAAAAGAAGGACACUAUCAGAGGAAAGCCAAAAUCUGGUAGAUUUUGGAAAUCACAGAAAGAAAAGUUCUCAACAAUAAACAAAACUAAAGGACUAAAGCAAGAUUUUCAGAAAAAGACUGCUCUAAGAUUGGAAUUAAAACGAACUAAAGAGUUGUCUAAACAGAUGAUGGAACAAUUGAAACAGAAAGAAGCAGACAGAAAGGAGAGGAGACGGCAAAACAUUGCUCGAACGGAAGAAAAUAAGAGGAAAGCAGAGGUUGUGCAAGUUAUCACUAACUCUGCCAAGUUGAAGAGGAUGAAGAAGAAACAGUUGAGGUUUAUUCAGAAAAGAGACACUAACAAGGUAGUGGAGGCCAGUAAAUAAAUAUGAAUUUACCUAA